UUGAAGACUCGUUGUUCACUCUGGUCUGAUCAGAGAUGUCUGACAGCGCAGAGUCUCCCACAGAAACACAGAAAGAUGAGUCCUCCUCGCAGCAGAGCAGCGCAGAUACGGGAGAAACAGGAGCGGCAGAGGAGAAGAAAAAGAUUGAUGUGCUGUUGAAGGCGGUGGGAGACACGCCCAUCAUGAAGACCAAAAAGUGGGCGGUGGAGAGAGGGAGGACCGUUCAGUCGCUCGCCCAGUUCAUCUCCCGCUUCCUUAAACUCGAGCCCAGUGAGCAGCUGUUCAUUUAUGUCAAUCAGUCAUUCGCGCCAUCACCAGAUCAAGAAGUGGGUGUGCUUUUUGAGUGUUUCGGCAGUGACGGAAAACUCGUUCUGCAUUACUGCAAGUCCCAAGCCUGGGGAUGACCUUUCAGCCUUUCCACCUUUUGUACAGAUGACCCGCCCCAUUCACACAUACAUACUCAUACACACAUAUACACCUUUGAAGGGGAAUUCCACCCAGUUUUCAAAAUUCAGUGUGUGAGAUGUAAACAGAGAGAUUUGGUGUGAAAUGGUUCAGAUGUCUUUACAGUGGUGGUGAUAGGAACCA